AUGACCUCUGAACAGCCAAGCCCGGCGUCACCGCGGAUGUCGCCAGUCCCCGAGGAUCUACCAGGAGACGCUCACCUCUCAUCGUCUACUGCCGACACACCCCUUCCGACCCCCGCCCCCACCCCCACCAUCGUCGAGAAUGCCCCGCCUACCAACCCACGCCUGACACGUACAGUCACCGACCUCUCGACGACGACGACCCUCUGCACCAAACCCGCGCUCUGCCCUGCGCCGCCAUGUCCCCGCUCGCCGGCCCAACGCACACCUUCCCCCCUCCCACCGACGGCCGACGUCGUCUCGGUCUUUGACCCGGCUUCAGUAGGUGGCGGUGGUCCGCUUGUCCGCAUAGCGACGGCGCACUCGGCUCGUGAACUGGCGCGCGAAAGGACUCGCAGUGCAACAGGCCAACGACCGGCCCUAUUUGCCCUUUCAAGACCUGGGAUCGAGCCGGUAUUCGACGACGAAGACGCACUCAGCACGCGUAGUGGCGUCAGCCAACGGAGUGGGAAGAGCGCAAAGAACGUCCCGUGCUGCGAGACUGCCGAAGAGGAAGAAAAGGAGGUCUGUCAAUGUACAGACCAGGAGAAAGGCCGUCAAGAAGAGGAAGAACCAUACGUAUACCCCGACGGGGGGUAUGGCUGGGUCGUAGUUGCAUGCUGCAUGACGUUAUGCGCACUAACAAACGGAUGGGGAAUGAGCUAUGGCGUGUUCCAGGAGUACUACGCCAAGAACAUGUUCCAGACGGCCCCAACUUCCGUCCUGUCCCUGGCAGGUACCACGCAGGGAUUCAUGUACUCUGUGUGCGCAUUCUUCUCAGGCGCGCUUGGGGAUAAGCUGGGUUUCAGACCUAUGUUGAUCGCGAGCUGUGUCGUCUGUUGGGCGGGGUUGUUUGGGGCGAGCUGGAGCCACUCGCUGUGGAGCACAAUUCUGUGCCAGGGCGUUAUUACCGGCAUGGGACAGGGCCUCGCUGUUCCGCUCUUCCUCUCCCUCCCGUCCCAGUGGUUCUACAAGUAUCGCGGCCUCGCGUCGGGUAUUACCAUGGGCGGCGCGGGGAUUGGCGGCGGUAUCUCGGUCAUCAUCGUCCGGCGCCUCAUCACGCAGGUUGGCGCAGGCAAGACUCUUCUCAUCAUGUCGUUCGUCAACCUCACAGCCAUGGUCAUCGCCGUCUCGCUCAUCCGCACCCGCCCCGGCUCGCCCGAAGCCCAGCGCCAGCGCGGCAAGCUAAUCAACACGGCCAUCCUGUCCCGCUCGGAAUUCUGGUCCGUCGCCAUCUCCCUUCUAAUCGGCGUGAUCGGCUACCCAGCUCCCUUCUUCUUCCUGAACCAGUACAUGGCCACAACGUUCCCCUCAAUCACCGACCCGAUGAUGAUCACUGCCCCACUCAUGAUCCUAUCCUUCUCCGUCGCGGUCGGACGAGGCCUAGUUGGUUUCUGCAGCGACGCCAUUGGGGCCAUGAACACCUACAUUGGCGUCUUUGUCAUCUCGGGUAUAAUUCAAUUCGCCCUCUGGCUCAACGUGAGCAGCUUUGCCCUUGCUUGCGUCUUUGCAUGCCUAUACGGCCUCAUUGCACCUGGGUAUUUGGGUCUUAUGCCCCAGAUUGUCGUCACCAUCUUUGGGCCAAACUCACUCGCCUCCAACACUGGCAUUUUGCUAUUGUUUAAUGGACCCGGAAACCUCAUCGCUGGCCCCCUUGGCGGCGCGCUGUUCGACGCAUCGGGACGCACCACAUGGAAGUACAUGAUCAUCUGCAUGGCCUCGAUCCAGAUCUUUGGCGGACUGAUCUGUUGCUGGGCCCGCUUCCGCACUACGCCCAAGCUCUUUGCGAAGAUUUAA